CCCCUCUUCCCCUCCCUCUCCCCAUCUUGCGCUCCUGCUCCCUCCCUCCCCCUCUUCCCCUCCCUCUCUCUCUCCGUCCCUCCCUCCUUUCCUCUGUCCCGUCUAGCCUUCACCUCCCGCAGCAGGAGCCGUCUGCUUCUCUUCGGCUCGGGAGCUGCCCACACUGCCCUGCUCCGCCCGACCUUGCCCUGCCCUGCCCUGCCCUGCCCGGCUCUGCCCUGUCCUGCCCUGCCAGGCCCCGGCCCGGGUCCGCUUAGACCCGUUCCUCUCAGCUUCCCCGAACCCGUGGCGCUCUCCCGCCUACCCGCCCGGCCCUCCCGGUUCAGAUCCCGUGGGCUUGACUUGGCUCGGCUCAGUCCGACAUCCAGGAUCUGAGCCCUUGUGUGCCUAAAGGGUUGAGGCGCCGAGGGAGGGAGGCAGGGCUGCUGCGGGCCUCGGGCCGGGCUCCUCAGGGGCCCCGGGAGGCCCCAUGGGAGCGUGAGCAAUCCCGGCCCCAGCCCGACGGACGGGCGAACUGACCGACCCACGGAGUGACAGUCAGUCCAGGGCCCACGACUGGUGGCAUCUCUGGGAACCGUGCCCCAAUUUAAAGCAGAGCGAGUCGCCUUAGAGCCAGAGCCAGAGCCAGAGCCAGAGCCGGAGCCGGAGACAGAGCCCAAAGGGAGCGGGAGCCGCCAUGCAGCCGGGGCCCUCGCCCCCUUCUCUGCUGCUGCUGCUGUUACUGCUGGUGACCGGGCUGAGGGCCGCAGCCGGAGGCGGGGCCGGUGGGACAGGGUACGCGCAAGUGAAGUACGUGCAGCCCAUGUUGAAAGGACCCGCCGGCCCCCCCUUCCGGGAAGGCAAGGGCCAAUACCUGGAACUGCCACCGCCAAUGCUGCCAAUGGACCUGAAAGGGGAACCUGGUCCUCCGGGGAAGCCUGGUCCCCGGGGCCCUCCAGGCCCUCCUGGCUACCCAGGAAAGCCAGGGACAGGCAAGCCAGGCCUGCAUGGCCAGCCAGGCCCUGCUGGCCCCCCUGGCUUCUCUAGGGUGGGGAAGCCGGGUGUCCCGGGUGUCCCAGGCAAAGUGGGCAGCAAGGGUGAACCAGGUCCUAAGGGCGAGCCAGGCCUUCGGGGGGACCAGGGCCUUCGAGGACUGCCAGGGCCCCCCGGACUUCCAGGCCCAUCAGGCAUUGCUGUCACUGGCAAACCAGGACCACAGGGUGCUCUGGGUCCACAAGGCUUUAGGGGGGAACCAGGACCCAGAGGAGAACCAGGACCUCGAGGAGAAAGAGGCCUCAAGGGUGACAAUGGGGUGGGCACACCAGGCCAGCCAGGUGUCCCAGGCAAUGGGGGUCCCCCUGGCCCUCCAGGUCCUCCGGGCCCCAUGGGUUUGGGUAAACCAGGCCUGGAUGGGCUUCCAGGUGCCCCAGGGGAUAAAGGAGCCACUGGGGCUCCUGGGGGACCAGGACAAACUGGAGAACCAGGAGCCCUGGGGCCAAGGGGACCCCCAGGACUAGAUGGCAUUGGGGUACCUGGGGCAGUAGGUGUGCCUGGGCCCCAGGGGCCUGUGGGUGCAAAGGGGGAACCUGGGAUUAGGGGCCUUCCUGGUUUGCCAGGCCCUACAGGCUAUGGGAAGCCAGGGCUCCCAGGUCUCAAAGGAGAAAGGGGCCCAGCAGGGGUCCCCGGGGGUCUGGGUGACAUAGGUGAACCAGGAGAGGAUGGUGAGCCAGGUGAGCCAGGGCCUCAGGGCCUUACAGGCCCUCCUGGCCUUCCUGGGUCCAUGGGACUACCAGGGAGGCAUGGGCUACCUGGUCCCAAAGGCGAGGCAGGGCCAAGUGGGCCUCCAGGGGUGCCUGGGAUCCGAGGAGACCAGGGGCCAAGUGGUAUUGUGGGAAAACCUGGAGUCGUUGGAGAGAGAGGAUUACCUGGGACACAGGGACCUCCAGGGCCAAGUGGGCCCAAGGGAGAGCCAGGCAUCGUUGGGCUUCCUGGGGGGCCAGGGGUGGCAGGAGGGCUGGGACAGAAAGGGGAGGUAGGUGUCCCAGGCCAGCCUGGUCUGAGGGGACCUUCAGGGAUUCCUGGGCUUCAGGGCCCAUCAGGUCCCAUCGGGCCCCAGGGUCUUCCAGGCCUAAAAGGGGAACCAGGCCUCCAAGGCCCCCCGGGGGAAGGAAGGGUAGGAGAACCAGGCUUAGCUGGACCUACAGGGCCCCCUGGCAUCCCUGGAAACCCAGGACUCAAUGGUCCCCCAGGGCCUCCAGGGCCCCCAGGUCCACCUGGGCCCCCGGGGAGUUUGGAUGAGAUGGGUAUUGCAGGACUGCACUUGCCCAAUGGUGGGGUUGAAGGGGCAGUGCUGGGCAAUGGCAGAGGGGCCAAGCCCCAGUCUGGCCUUGGGGAACUUUCAGUUGGCAUCGCCCCAGCCUUUACUGCUGUGCUCACUUCACCCUUUCCGGCUUCGGGGAUGCCAGUCAAGUUUGACCGGACGCUGUACAAUGGCCACAGUGGUUACAACCCUGCCACGGGCAUCUUCACCUGCCCCAUUGGUGGUGUCUAUUACUUUGCUUACCACGUGCAUGUCAAGGGCACCAGUGUCUGGGUGGCUCUCUAUAAGAACAAUGUUCCUGCUACCUACACUUAUGAUGAGUACAAGAAAGGCUACCUGGACCAGGCGUCAGGAGGGGCUGUGCUCGAGCUGCGCACUAAUGACCAGGUGUGGGUGCAGAUGCCCUCAGACCAAGCCAACGGCCUCUAUUCCACCGAGUACAUCCACUCGUCCUUCUCUGGCUUCUUGCUCUGCCCCACAUAACAGGCCAGGGACCCACGGCCACCAGCUACCCCUCCCACAUCCAUCUUUAGUAGUAGUAGUAUUUUUUAAUUAAAAGCAAAGGACCAGAUGGUUAGAGAAGACACUGGGAGACAGCAGUGGCUAGAGGAGACCUGCUUUCUUCUUCUGAUUGCUUCUGAAAGAGACUGAUCCUUGAGGAGGCUUUGCAAAGGUGGGACUGCCUCCUCUCUCCCUCUCCCUCUCCCUCCUGGGACUGGGGCUGAAGAUGGUGCUGAACUGAAGGAGACUGCCACUGAGAUGAUGGGUAUUAAUUCACGCUCAGGGUAUGUGACUCCUGGCUUCCAGGCCUUAUUGGAAUUGCUCCAUUUCUAUUCCAAGGACUAGGAGACUCAUGGGCCUUCUAUACACGUGCCUUGGGACGGAGACUCAUUGACCAUUCUCGGAAAUCUGCCUCUCCAUCCCUGGGCUUCUCUUCUGGGUGACAAAGCAGGGACCUCUCACAUUCAGACUGCACUGAGGAUAAAAGAAACUUCUCAUCCCAGCUGCCCCAGCUUCCAAUGUAUGGGACUUCGGCCCCAAGACAAGUUUUAUUUUGGGAAAGAGAGGAAGAGAAACCCCUGGUUAAUCUUCUGAUUGAAAGAUGCUAUGAUGGCCUGUGCAGUGUUCUCCUAGGACACAGGGCAACAGGCUCAUUGUCUUUACUGGUCACCAUCUUCAAGUGAUAGAGCUCGAGGUUGGUCCUGGCUGUCUUGCAUGGUAUGAAUACUACACUUGUCCUUGCCUCCCCUAAUCUCCCAUAGUCCAGGAGGAAAGAGAAAAAAUGUAGACAACACUAGGAAAAAUCUACUCCUAAAGGGGCUCUUAAAGGGACAGGAAGACAAGGUACCCAGAUGUGGGAGGUGAAAGACACCUCCAAAGCCACUGGGUGUAACAUGCUCAGUCUUGGGAUCCUGCAUUUAACCUGCCUCCACCAGGCCCAGGACUUCUGUGUAAGGCUAUGCCACUGUAGACCCUGCUCCCAUGAGUGCAGGGGAGCAGCCAGUCUGCUAGACUGACUAGAAUCUAGGUAUUUAUUGGAUUCUUCACUCCCACCUCACUUUUCUGAACAAGAGCCAUGAAGCAGGGGGCCGGGGGUCCUCUCCCAUUUCAUUUUGGUGUUCUAUGUGAUCUUAAGGUCCAGAAAAACGACUGGAUGGUAAUAGAUGUUAGUCUUGGCAGCCACAUCUGGAAAGAGGGCAGUUAGAUCCUUUUCUUCCCAACUUCUAAUUUCAGGUCUGUUCCCAAAAGGGGCUGGAGAGGAACUUUCUCUGCUCCUGGGUGAUGGCUGCAGUAUAUUCUUUUGUCACCAGAUCCAGUCUUAGCUUUGGAGGGUGGGGAAGGGAAGGGGACAUGAUGGAGGAGAGCAAGGCUGGUGGCCACUCAACCCCACUCUGAAAAGAGGAGGGGCUUCCCUUCAAGUUGACAACUAAAUGCCCAGCAGCCCUAUAAGCUAGUGUUGGUUCCUAAAACCAAGGGUCUUAUGCCUGACCAAUCUGACCAUUUUGUUUAUUCUAUGUGUGAACCUUGGAAUCAUCUUUGAAACUGCUGGUGCUAGCUGCUCCAGAACACUGGAGCAUCUGUUGUAUACAACACUACAACAUCUGUUGUAACAAAACUACUGCCAACUCCUGCUUGUUCUUUCAGGCUCUGGUUCACUUGAGGCCUUUGCUAACCUUUGUGUAUCCUGACAUCUCUUCCCCCCCUUUUCCUCUCCCACAAUCUAGGACAUCUGAAUCCAAAAGAAAUCCAACUUAUUAUCUGGUACAAGGGUUGGGAAAGAACCUGGGUGAAGCUUGGGAAAAGGAAGGUCUGGGAGCCUCGAAGGAUUUCUUUCUCUUCUGCUGGAAGCAUCAAAGCCCACUUAUCCUUGUCACUUGUCCCUUUCCUGUGCCAAGACCACCCCCGCCCUUGGGCUGGAAUGGCUAGGUGGGCAGGCACUGACUUGCCCCAAAUGGAGAAUCAAGGGCAGAAGGAAGCCACCCAGCCGGGAAAGACUGUCCCUCACCACAUGGUCCUGGCCAAAUCUCUUUGCUGAAGCACUCAGCAGAUUCCCAGCCAGCGGGACUGUGGAUUGGUCACUUUUAGAGGCCUUCUCAAGGGCUAACUUUGAUCAAGUCUGUCAAUAUUUGAAACUGAAAACUGCAUUACCCCCAUGCAUUUGUAUAUUCUAAUUCUUACUGUCUUUUUAAAUGUUUAAAAUAUUUGCCUCUAGUAUCUUCAUCUCUAACCUGGUAUAUAGAGGGUUGUAGUUUUGUACAUACCUAUUCCAUGCACUGUGUCAGAGCAAAUUUGGUUAAAAAAACGCACUUGUGAUAAACAAAUGGGUUUCUCUUUGGAACUAAAAUUACAGUACUUGACUGUAUUGACACACCAAUAAAAUCUAUUAAAACAGA